CACAGGCUCACGGGCGUGUUCCUGCAGUCCGUUGCCUUCCGCGCAGCAAUGGAUCGAGCCGCUUCUGAACUUCGCGGUUCGAACCUUUCUAAACCAGCGAAGUCAAACAAAGUUGGAUUCUUGUCUCGUGUCUUUGACAAAGUUCCGUUCGGGCGCUUCGCCGUUUUCUCCGUCCUGCUGUUCCUUCGUGUCACGUCUUGUUCAGGAACAAACCUGCAGGGCGCCCCACAGAAGAUCCAAGCCUUCGUGGGUGAAACAGUGGUUCUGCCCUGCAACAUCUCUGUCUCAGGUGAACUGCCAACGGUGGAAUGGUCAAAGGAAGGUUCAAACCUAGCGUUCCUCUACCGGGACGGUUGUGAGGACUUUGCCAUGAAGAAUGAAGCUUUCCGAUACAGGACGAACCUCAUCAUGAAUGAACUGAAAGAUGGGAACAUCUCACUGAUGAUUUCUGAUGUUCAGCUGACGGAUGCUGGUAAAUACCAGUGUGUGAUUGUCAAGGGGAGAAAAGGUCGGAACGUUGUCAAAACGCUGGAGCUUGUUGUGGGUGCCUUUUCUGAGCCAAAGCUCUCAGUCGUCUCAGGUGCAGACGGUGCACAGACUCUGGAAUGUGAGACGAGCUGCUGGUUCCCGGAGCCUGAAGUUACAUUUGUAGACGAUCAGGGAAACAUCAUCAGUGGUGAAAACCUAAAGAGACAUCAAGAGCCCAGAGGAUGCUUCACCGUCACAAAGAGAGCAACUGUGCCCACUGGCUCCAACAGGGUCACGUGCAGAGUUCACGAGCCUCAGAUGAACAAGACCAGAGUCUCAGAGAUUCACUACAUACGAGGGGACUGUGUUUCCUCCUGCAUUAUAUCAAUUGUUGUUACUCUUCUGUUGGUCAUAUUAGGGUGUGCAUGUGUCUUUAUAGGCAAAAAAUAUGUGAACACAGAAACAUGCAGGCAGACAUCCAAACCAAGCCUUCUAACCUUAGAUGAGGUUGUCCACCAGGGAAACCAGGCAGUAAAUGACCCUGCUGGGCUUCAGACACAAGUCCAGGACCUGCAGAACCAACUUAUUGAAAAAGAGGAGACAAAUCGCCGACCGACAGCACAAGUGGAUGAACUCGGAUCUAGACGCAGUCCUGUCCUGCAGCAGGAUCAGCCUACGAUCAGCGCUGGUCCCUCCACAUCCUCUCCAAACAUGUCAAAGCCUGCUAGCCUCCCCCUGGACCAGCGCCCUCAGGUCAGCAGUGCAGAGCCACCAGCCUCAGCCCACAGCAAGCACUCAGCACAAGAAGCCAGAGCAAGGAAAGACUCAAAAGCUGGGGUCCUGAGGCAAAAGACACCAGUGGAGCCUCGGGUCAAAUCAAGCAGCCACAGCAAAAGCUCCCCUGUUCAUUUAAUGAACGAUAGAACCGAUUCAUCUGCUUCUUCUUCAUCGUUCUCUUUAGAUAACAGGGUUUAUCACGCAAAGAGCCAGUCUCAUCCUUCUCAAAAUGAAGCAAAGCCCCCACGUAGACGCACCGUCUCAGCUCCAUAUUCAUUCAUGUCUCAUAACCGCUUCAGUGUCUUGGAAAAUUUAGGUGAGGAGUCAGAGAAGCUGAUUUCACAUGAUGAGAACAGAAAACAGUAAAAGAACAGAGAUUUGGAAACUUGAACCUGAGAUGUGGAUGACCCACUUUCAGACCCCAUAUAUAUGUAUAUAUGUAAAUCUAUGUCUAUGUAUAUAUCACGGUGAGAGCGAAAAUCCCGUAUGGGCCCUUAGGCAAGGUCCUUAAUGUGCCUGGUGUUACUACCAGUUCCUGUGUGGGCACUGCUCAUGUAUUGAUCCAUGUGCCUGCUCAUCUUAGCUGCUGGGAGUCCUGACAGGAGCUUCCAUGUUGUGCAGAUGCUGCUUAUUGGGCGGUACUUGGAUGGGACUGCUCCCUUGGUAACCAUUCAGGGUGGUUUCCAUCCUCCAGUAGUUUGCACCUAAUGGAGUGAGAUCAGCUUCCUCAACCAGUAGACAUGGAUCAUGUCAGGACCUGGUGCCGUCCAGUUCUUCAUACCUGAGACCCUCUUUUAUCCUCUAUUAUGGAAUAAUAGAAAUGGAUAUUAGCUUAGUGUAUAUUUUAGCCUUUCACUUCUUACAUCUGAGGUGUCUUUUAACAGCAGCUUCUGUUAAAAGACACACAGCUGCACUGUUUGGUGGCUGAGGUUUGCUGUCACCCAGUUUACUGAUGUCUGUUUGAAUGACAUGAUGCAACGCGCUUUCAGCCGCAAGGAGAAAACAAUGGCCCCAAACAGAAACACAAAUGUUCAGAGGACCUGUCAUAAAAUGGCGGAGACCUCAGAUAAUUACCACACGCCCUGCGUGCGAACGCCUCCACCUCUGGUGACUCAUCAUGAGAUCUGUGAAAGUGGCCGGGUCUCCACUCAAAACCAGAAUGAGGUCCAAUGAAGUCAAGUGAUUCAACAGCUCACUAGUUCAUUCAUGCAGUGUUUACUCUAACAGGUGUAAUGUGUUGUGACCACUGAAAAGAGCCACAUGAGACUGUAGCUUACAGUGGAAAUGGUGUUAGAGCUAAUGCUACUUUUACUAAGGAAAUGUGAACCACCUUGAAGCCUCCUUCAUUUCUAGUGUUCCCUCCAUUUUGAACUUAUUAUCAACAUAUUGACCUCAGUCACAAACUUCCUCCCUGAGUUAUGUCUAUUGCAGCAGCAACAGGAAAUGUGUAGGACACAGUAAUGUUGUCUAGAGUAGAUGAGUCACGCUUCUGUAUUUUUAUAAUUAUUUUGCAUUGAUUUCACACAUCAUGUGAGCACCUGCCCCUUUAUUAUUUCAAUUUAAUAACUGUUUUUACCACGACAGGCCCAAGUGAAGUUUACAGUGUUUUAUGAUGUUAGAGUGAAAAUGUGUGAAGUGUAAUUUUCCUUUAAUGUUAAGGCCAACCUAGUUAAGCCGUUCAAACAGCUCCUGACCUAAACACAGUUAAAAGACGUAUGAGAAUGAUUCCCAAA